UUACAUCAUGGCAAAUGCUACGAAAUACUAAUUGUGUAGUGCGGGUGUAAAUUAUGAGUAUAAAAAGAGGAACGGAACGAUAAAAGUUUGGUAAACUUGUUUACCUGCAGAGAACAUAUCAACAUCAGACUUCUUUGUUAAUUGAACCAGGUACCAGACAGUGGCUAAACUGCCUCAACAAUACGAUAUUUGAAAGCAGUUAUGAAUGUAGUAGUAGUAUUGUGACGAUACCAUGAUACUUACAAGUAUUUUUCUCAUCUAUUUCAUAUACUCAAUAGAUGGACAUAUAACACCACCUACGUUAGUAACAAGAAAGGUGUUCUUUGAUAUUUCUAUCGGUAAUAAACCAGCAGGUCGAAUAAUAUUUGGAUUGUUUGGAAAUACAGCUCCAAAGACUGUUACAAAUUUUGUUGCUUUGAGUGACCAUGAGUAUGGUUUUGGUUACCGAGGAUCAUUGAUUCAUCGAUCAGUUAAAAAUUUUAUGAUUCAAGGUGGUGACUUCACAAAAGGCGAUGGAACAGGAGGUAAAAGCAUCUACGGUAGAUACUUUAACGACGAAAAUUUUAAAAUCAAGCACAAUGGUGCUGGAUGGUUGUGCAUGGCGAAUCUUGGAAAAAAUACAAACAGUUCCCAAUUCUACAUUACUCUUGUGAAAACAUCCUGGCUUGACGGACACCACACUUGCUUUGGCAAAGUCAUUGAAGGCAUGGAAACUAUAAAAAAGAUUCAAAAUGUAGCAGUUGAUAGUGAAAGUAAACCAAAGACACCAGUGAAGAUUAUGAACUCUGGAGUACUUAUGUUUGACAAGCCUUUUGAAGUUUGACAGCACUGCUCAAUAAUUAAUUUUGUUAAAAAAUUUGUAUACAUACAACAACAGUCGUUUACUCCCUGCAAGUUUUACUAAUCAGUAAAUUUACAAUUUCAGAACAUCCUUAUUCCUUUGUUUGGAAAGUCAUUGUUUCCAUCCUAUGAACACAGAUAAAUUUGAAAGAUCAGGACCGAAUAAGAAGGCUGUCCAUGCCACUGAAAACAUACAAAUAACGCAAUAUGUUUUUUUUGCUAAAUUGUAAACAGGAUAAUUUUGUUGACCAAUAGAGGCAGCAACAAAUCAAAUAUGCCAGCCUGAAAUCGGUAGUUUUCCUAAUUUAUUACUUUUUUUCUAGUGUAUAGCUGUUUUCGAAAAUUAGUGUCUCUAAAAAAUUAAAUUUUAAAUACUUUUUGCUUAAAAAA